AUGACUGCACAACGACGUGGUCGAAACGGUUACGGUAGUCGAAAGCGACAGCGACAAGUGAUACCCCAACCACAACCAUCACAAUCAACCUCUGAAGAAGAAAGUACUGAUGGUGGAUCAGUGACCCGUUGUGUAUGUGGAGAAUCUCACAAUAUGGGAUUGAUGGUGCAAUGCGACCAAUGCGAAGUAUGGCAACACUGUGAAUGCGUGGGCUUGGAGGAACAAGAUAUACCAGAUCAGUAUUAUUGUGAAGAGUGUAAACCGGAAAAUCACUCUGUGAUCAGAUUGAGUCAUGGAAGGGUGAGACGCUCCUACAGCUCCAUAGGACACCAUGCUCCAUCUGCCAAUGUGGAAAAGAAAGCUCCGAAGAAACGAAUGACAUUCAACAGUCGUGAAGCAUCCAUGUCACUCGAAGAUGUUUUGGCAGCAAGAAAUGCAUUGGAAUUUUCUCGUUCUUUACUUGAUCCCAUUCCCGAUUCACCACCUCAACAUCAACAACAUCAACAAUUGGAUGAACAUGAUACAGUGGAAGAAAAAGCAACGUCACAAUCACCAUCUACUGAUACAAAGGAGCAUGAUGCUACUAUUCUGGAAACCAAUACUGCUACUGAUGAUGCAAUGGAGGUGGAUAAAGUUAUCAGCAAACCAAAGCGAUUGAAUAGUGGACGAUCGAACAAGAAUGAUGAUAAUGGACGACAAGGUAGCGAUUCAUCAUCUGUUGCCAGUGGAAGAGUGGCCAAAGCGAAUGAGAAGCGACCUCGUGCGAAUAAUGGGCGACGUACCAAUUCAUCCGGUUCUAAACGUGGACAAAGCGGUGGAGUGGGUGGUGGUGGUGGAAGCAAACCUCGUUCUCGAACAUCGACACCUCAACCAGUUGACAAUGCAAGUAGCUCCAGUACAUCCGAUGCACGAUCCUCUAUCUUUGAUAAAUUAUCACCAGCCGCACGUGAAUCAUCUCCACCUGCUCGUGUGCGAUAUCCAUCAGCCCGAAUGACCAUAUCAGAGAUGAAUCGAAGAACAAAGCAAAUCUUGGAAUACAUCAGCUCAAUUCAAGUGGAAAUGGCCAACAAGGAAACAAUGUCACCAGCAUGUCAUUGUCCGCAAACAACAACCACAACAACAACAUCAUCAUCACCACCCUCAUCAUCAUCCAACAAUCCUAUCGGUGCAGGCACUGACCAUAACAACAACAACAAUAACAGCAACAAACCUGCAUCCAUCAUCAUUCCAGAAAGAAAAGUACACGAUUCGCCAUCCUCUUCUAUGAGUAGUGCAAGUACAAUACCCCUUGAGGAGUCGGCAUUGGAAGAGGAAGCACGAAUACAUCAUGAAGAAAAGAGUGUGGCAGAAGAGGCUAUUGAAAAGAUGAAUGCAAGCAAGGAACAGUCAUCGUUGGAGAUCAUGGACAUGCUGACACGUGAGCUUAUCAAAUUUCAACGACGUUUUGGUUCCACAGCUGUUGCUACCCAAUUAGGCCGAGGUCGUCAAAGAGAUAUGGUAGCCAAUGAUGAUGAACGAGAAGGACGGAUUACGCGUAGUCGAGAAGCCAGUGCAAGUAGUAGUUUCUUUUCUGAAAAGCGAACGGCACAUGCUUAA